AUGGCUGGCGCCCUCGUGGCGAAGGCGGGUGUCCAGCUCUCGCCUGGAGUGGACUAUAAUGGUACGCCUCGGGCAGACCCAGUCUGUCUGGGGCGGAAGAGGAAGGCAUCGGCAUCGGAAUCGUCAGCGAGCAAAGCCAAUGCGCCGCGGCAGAAGAUCACUAGGGCUUGUGACUCUUGUAAAGAGAAGAAGACUCGAUGCACAGGAACGCUGCCGUGCAGCCGAUGUACUAGGCUGUCGCUACUCUGUGAGUACAACGCCGCGUAUAGUCGGGGCCUGCCUCCAGAUCCGCUCCCUGCACCCGCAUCAGUGGCUGCGAGGUACUCGAGAAACCGAUCUGCAUCGCACGCCUCGGACUCGCGGAGCCCUAGUGUGCGAAUAUCGCCGCCAAAUAGGGAAGCUGCGAGAGCCGCAAGGACUCCGCGCUCGCAGUUAUCGCAAGCCUCUGGGGAAGUGUCACGGCGAAAUUCCCCCGAUCCAGUGGCCACUGACUUCGAAGGAAACUACCUUGGACCCGCUUCGGGAGUCUCGUUUCUGAACCGUGUCUGGCGACGGCUACACCAGGAUGAAACAAGCGCGGUUCCUGAUGAGCUGCGGAACGAGUCGUGGCCGAAGAAUACUUCCGUGUUUAUGUUUGGCGAUAAGCCCUAUGUGGACUAUCGCGAUGCUGGCUUCAUUUUACCCAAGUUCGAUAAAGCCCUUGAGUUGGUGAGCAGGUAUUUCGACUACGCUAUGGUCACAUACCGCUUUCUUCACCGGGGAAGCGUGGAAGAAUGGCUUAAGCAAGUUUAUAGCCACAAUAUUUCUCCCUCGAACCUGCCCGCUGGGCCUUUGGUGGCUCGGACUGCGAUAAUUCUCAUGAUAUUUGCUGUAAGCACUCUUCACGAAGAGCAGACCCAAGGAAAGCAGGCGGAAAGUUCGCGUGAAAGCGAACGAUGGUAUGCAGCAUCAAAAUAUAUGCUCUCGAUGGAGUUCGGGCCUCCGCGUCUCGAGACCGUCCAAGCACGACUGGGCCAAUGUCUUUACCUCCUCUCGUCUUCAAGAGCCAAUGAAUGCUGGUAUAUAUUUGGCACUGCAGUGCAGUUGGUGACAGCCCUUGGCUUGCAUCGGCGGUGUGCCGCUAAACUUUCCAAAAAAGGUAUCACAUACUUGGAGAGGGAGCUUCGCAAACGAAUUCUGUGGAGCGCUUAUACCUUAGACAAAUAUCUCAACGUUAUUUUUGGGCGGCCUCGGUUAUUGCACGAUGAAGAUAUUGACCAGGAACUACCUGAUGAGGUCAGCGAUGAGGACAUCCUUCAAGAUGACCCGGCUAUGCGUUUAGGCACAGCGGAUUCCAUGAUGAUCGCAUCCGUCCUGCAUUUUAGACUUGGACGCAUUUUGGGUGAAAUUUCGCGUCAAUUCUACACAGUCAAUCCUAUAAUCCGGGAAUCGCCGCUCGAAGCCGCAGUUCGAAUCACUUCAGAGCUUGAGAAAUGGAAAGAAACCACGCCACCUCUGUUUAAUAGUGUUCGCCCGACGAGUCUUAUCCCGCCAUUAUGCAGGCAAAGCCAAGUCCUCCAGCUCGCCUACUGCCAUGCAAUGAUACAUGCUACUCGGUCAUUUUUGCUGAAUGACUUCACUGAUCUCAGCCGUCGGCCAGCAGCUCCCCACCCGACGGUGACGGCACAUGUAAGUAAGUGCCUUGAGGCUGCCGAGGACGUGAUGAAGCUAGUGGACAGCAUUGCAAAACAGGGCACUCUGAUCCAGUCAUUCUGGUUUACGCACCAUGUAUGCUUCUGUGCAAUUGUCGUGGUUUACAUCUACACCAUCCAGCAGCACCGACUGUCGUCAACCUUGGGGCCCGCUGAGUUGGAUAACAACCGUGUACGAUCGCUCUUCAGUCUUGCAGAGAUAUGUCAGCAACACCUGGCCGAAGCCACUCGCAGAAACUGUCCGAGUCGGCGUUACGGUAUAAUCUUGGAGGAAACCAGGGUGGAGGUGCACAAACAGCUGGGUUCUCAGUUCGCGGAUGGGUCCCUCGCCAACGUCCCAGAACAACCGCGAGACAUGUCUGUCAGGGACCAGGAGUCAAUGAUCGAUCAGAGGCCAAAUGAUUUGACUGAUAUGAACAAUGUUGUUCCGUUCAAUUCGAACCCUGUUAGCUAUGAUGGCACUUUCCCCUCAUCAGCGUUUGUAGAUGAACCAUUUGAUAUGGGUGAUGUUGGGUUUCUGGAUAAUCUCGAAGGGUCUAUAUGGUGGACUCAAUUGGACACUUGGGCAUUUUCCAAUCUGCCGAAUGACCCGUCUCAAUUUUCUUUCUGA